AGUUCACAUUUUUUUUUAAAUUCCAAACUCGAAAUAUCCUGCAGCCCCCCGCCCCUCCAAAAACGACUUGCCCGAGUGACGAGAUUCCGCAUUACGUCAUCGCCAAGGCCACCCGCGUGCGUGUGCACGAACACCCCCGACAACACUGGCGAGUACGAAGAGGGACGGGGGAGGGGGGGCUGGGGGGGUGUGAUCGGUCCGCUCGUAGUGAUGCGUCUCCCGGCCGCGAAGGAAGCCUGAUCGCGGUUGCAGGACAGGACAGGACACGGUCGGCCGUGGCGGUGACGGUGGUUGGGAUUCCCGGAGGGGCGAUGUGGCGUGACACCCUUCGGAAGACAUUGUGAAUGAUUGAAGACUGCGGGUGGAGCGGGGACAACAUGGCCGACAGAAGGCAACUGCUUGUCGAGAUGAGGGCGCAGGAUUUGGACUCCAUUCGACUGUCAACGUACAGAACAGCCUGCAAGCUGAGAUUUGUACAGAAGAAAUGCAACUUGCAUUUGAUCGACAUCUGGAACGUCAUCGAGGCCUUCCGAGAGAGCGGCCUCAACACCGCGGACCUCAACACCGAGCUCCCCGUGGCCCGUCUGGAAGUGGUGCUGUCCACCAUAUUGUACCAGCUGAGCAAGCGCAUGCCCACCACGCACCAGAUCAACGUGGAACACUCCAUCGGCCUGCUGCUCAACUUCCUGCUGGCGGCCUACGACCCAGACGGCCACGGCAAGAUAUCGGUUUUUGUUGUGAAGAUGGCCCUGGCGACCUUUUGUGGAGGGAAAAUUCUGGAUAAAUUGAGAUAUAUAUUUUCACAGAUAUCCGAUCCAGCGGGAAUCAUGGCGUACGCGCAAUUCGACCAGUUCCUGAGGGAGAUUCUCAAGCUGCCCAUGGCGGUCUUCGAGGGACCGUCGUUCGGCUACACGGAGCAAGCGGCCAGGAGCUGCUUCAUGCAGCAGAAAAAGGUCUCGCUCAACAUUUUCCUGGACACGUUGAUGUCAGACCCGCCUCCUCAGUGUCUAGUGUGGCUACCGCUCAUGCACCGGCUCGCCAACGUGGAAAACGUCUUUCACCCGGUCGAGUGCUCCUACUGCCACACUGAGAGUAUGAUGGGCUUCCGCUACCGCUGCCAGCAAUGUCAUAAUUACCAGCUCUGUCAGGACUGCUUCUGGAGGGGGCAUGCCAGCGGUUCCCAUAGCAACCAGCAUCAAAUGAAGGAGUAUACAUCAUGGAAAUCCCCCGCCAAGAAGCUGUCCCACGCCCUCAGCAAGUCUCUGAGCUGCGCAUCCAGCAGGGAGCCUCUUCACCCCAUGUUCCCCGACAUGCCGGAGAAACCUCUCAACCUCGCCCACAUCGUGCCGCCAAGACCAAUGAACGUCACCAGCGAAUCCUCGUUUUCCCACUCAAUGCCAACAACGGGGAACCCGUACUCCACCAAAAAGUUGCAGUGUAACCUGGAUGCGGUUGACAGACUCGCUGACGAGCACAUUCUCAUUGGCCUCUAUGUGAAGCUGCUUCGAAACAACCCGCAAAAAUGCUUGCUGGAGAGCAGCAACCAUCAAGACGAGGAGCACAGCCUCAUUGCCCGCUACGCCGCCCGUCUGGCCGCAGAUGCCGCGGCUCAGCAGCAGCAGCAGCAGCGAGUCCCCGCAGACCUGCCGUCAUCACUGGAUGCCAACAAACAGCAGCGGCAGCUCAUCGCCGAGCUGGAGAGUAAAAACAGAGAAAUCCUGCAGGAAAUUCAACGACUGCGACUCCAGCACGAGGAGGCCUCGCAGCCGCCGCCUGACAAGGGUCAGCAGAAUCCUACUCUGCUGGCCGAGUUACGACUUCUCAGGCAACGCAAAGAUGAGCUUGAGCAGAGAAUGUCGAGUCUGCAGGAGAGUCGCAGGGAGCUCAUGGUGCAGUUGGAGCAGCUAAUGAUGCUUCUCAAGACUCAGGGACCCGGCUCUCCACGCUCAUCACCCAGUCACACCGUCAGCAGGCCCAUCCCCACGCCCAUCCACUCGGACUCGGCCGGGACCACCCCGACUCACACACCUCAGGAUUCCCUCAUGGGCGUCGGAGGCGAUGUUCAGGAAGCCUUUGCUCAGGGUCCCAGGAGAAAUUUGAGAAACGACCUCCUCAUCGCUGCUGACUCGAUCACCAACACAAUGUCAUCGCUGGUCAAAGAGUUGAAUUCAGAGGGCGGAAGCGAGACCGAGAGCACCGUGGAUUCCGACACGUUGGCGGUCACGACGACGCCCUCGGAUCCCUUCCUCAGCUUUAAGCCCGGGACGGCCGCCGCGGAUCAGGAAGAGGAACGCUACGGCAGCGACCUGGAGCGGCAGCUGGAGGACGAGCUCAAGUUUGAGGAGCUCAUGAAGCGCAGGCAGGAGCCGGACAAAGCCUGCAUGGUGACGCUGCAGCAAUGAGUGUGUUGCUCGAGGACACUGAUGAGCAAUAUCAAAAGCAACAAUAAGUGACGACACUGGACGCGACAACACUGGCCAGGAUCCUAUAGCUUCAAAUAUACGUUUGUGGAAAGAAUAUAUAUUUUUAACCAACCUCAUCUUUACGGUGAAACUGUGAUCUGAUGAAUAUGAAGUCGAGAGAUUAAAAAUCACCGAGCGCUCUACUAUCAUUAUGCCACAGGUGCCAUAUCAACCACGUCGUCAUCUUCUUUUUUUGUUGUUGUUUGAUUUGGUUCAUAUUUGACUUGUCAAGCCGAUGUAGAAAUGUACUGCUUUGUGUCUGUGUCUCAUCUGAUUUAAUAUACUAUACAAAUACAUCUGAGUUCCAUUUUAAGAUAUACAGUACAAUGCUGACCUGGUCAAAUUUUACCACGACAGUGGAAUCUUGGUUUUCGUGAUUAAUACGUUCCGAAAAAGUCUAAAACCUGAACUAAAAUCGAAUCACGAGAAAAUGUAAAUCCAAUUACUCGAAAAUAUUGACAAAAUAUCUAAUAAGUAUGAAUAAUGCCAUGGAUAAAUUAACAUUAAACAUGACCUUUAUUUUGAUUGAAGACCGUCGUACCAAAACUAGCACCGUAAUUUCCGGCCUACAGAGCGCACCUGGAUACAAGCUUCACCGAGUACAUUUGUAAAGGAAAUACCAUUUGGUACAUACUUAUGCCGCAACUCCCACAUUGAAACCCACGUUUAAACACGAGAUAUUUACAAAGAAAGACGAUAGCUAGCGCCGCGCUAAAGCAUGUGCUAACGCUAACGGGGCCGGUUAAAACUAAACUUACCGGAAAAUAUCAGAGACACGCCAGUAACACAGCAGCAACACGCUAGCACAGUGCUAACAUGGCUGGUAAAAUUCACUUCCUCGGCACAUAUAUUCCACCGGUCUCACUCUUACCUUUUCCGCUCGAGUGACCCCUUGCGGGCGUUAGGAAAAAAAAAAAUGCACAAAUUAUCCGCAUCACCGCAUAAACUGUAGGGUUGAACGCGUGUGGAAAAUGUCGCGGCUUGUAAGGUGAAAAUUACAGUACACAUGAAAACUGAGGUUCCACUUUAUUUCAAUUGAUUUCUUGAUCUUGAUCUCAUUGUUGCAUGUCGUUUUUGUAACCAUUAUUUCAGACAUUAGUGAUGAUAAUAUUCACUGCCUUUGCUACGCGGAAGACAUCCCAAUGGAGUUCAGUCAAUUCGUCGUUGGAGCACGUCGUAGCCAACCACAGCGCAGUUUUCAAAUGCUUUUUGCCUGAAAACAAACAGCCAAAUCUAAAUUGGAGUUACUGUAAAUUACGCUCAUGUGAUAAUUCGUUAUUUCUGCUCAAGGUGGCCAAUCUGAACUAGAACUAAAUACAGUUCUCUAUUUGAGGGAGGUAUUUAUUUGUCCGGGUGGCACGGUAGGUCAGCUGGAAAGCGUUGGCCUCGCAGUUCUGAGGUCCGGGUUCGAUCCCGGCCCCGCCUGUGUGGAGUUUGCAUAUUCUCCCCGUGCCUGUUUGGGUUUUCUCCGGGCACUCCGGUUUCCCCCCACAUCCCAAAAACAUACGACAUUAAUUGGACGCUCUAAAUUGCCCGUAGGUCUGAUUGUGAGUGCAACUGUUUGUCUCUAUGUGCCUUGCGACUGGCUGGCGACUGGUUCAGGGUGUACCCCGCCUCCUGCCCGUUGACAGCUGGGAUAGGCUCCAGCACGCCCUGCGACCCUUGUGAGUAUAAGCGGCAAAGAAAAUCGAUAGAUAGAUAGAUAGAUACGACCAUCUCGCACCCCCUUCUUCCGCUGAAUUCACUCAAAUAAAUAUAACAGAUUAUCAUGGAAAAAUUAUGCGGGGAAAAAAAGGCUGUAAAAGAAGCCUUUUUCCCCGUUUUUUUUUGGGGGGGGGGGUGACACUUGUGAGGAUAAGCAGCAAAGAAAAUGGAAGGUGGAUUUAUUUGUCCUGCGCUGACCGGCCAACGAAUUUGGCCAUGCCAUCUAUCGGAGGCACAGCCAAUAUAAAGAUUCAUCAGUUUUCUUUGCCACUUAUCCUCAUGAGGGUCGCGGGGAGCGCUGGAGCCUAUCCC